UGUCGAAUGUGUCCUCUUUUCUUCCCUUUUCCUAAUUAGGAGAAGCUAACUUUACCAAAAAAAACUUGCAGACGACUGAAAAAAGUACCCAAAUUCCUUGCUAUCUCAUUUAUUCCUAAAUUCUCUGAAAAAUCCCUACUAUUAACCUGCGAAAUCCAUGGAUUAAGGAGUAUUUUUGAUCAAAGUUGUGAUUUAUAGUUUGAUAAUCAUCUUCAUCAUCGCCGGAAAUGAGUCAUCCGGCGGUGCACCCGGUGGAAGCGCCGCCGCCAUUAACGACUGAAAACGCAGCAGCGGCGGCGCCGAGAGUGAGAAUGAAGGAUCUUCAAGGAAUGGCGGGGACACCAGGUGGGCUUGUGUUGCGUCUUUUUCAAUCUUUCUUCGCCAUUGGAGCUUUUCUUGUCAUGUCUACCACCAGCGAUUUCCCCUCCGUCACUGCUUUUCGCUUUCUUGUUGCCGCUUCUGGCUUGCAGAUCUUAUGGAGCCUUUCACUGGCAAUGCUUGAUAUCUACGCUAUCUUAGUCAAACGAAAUUUUCGUAAUCGUCGAGCUGUUAGCUUGUUUGCUGCUGGUGAUGUGAUCACUUCUACUCUCAUAUUUUCUGCGGCCUGUGCGUCUGCGGGUAUCACUGUUCUCAUUGGCAAUGAUCUGCAGAGUUGUUCAAAGAACCACUGUGCUCAAUUUGAAACUUCAACAGGCAUGGCUUUCAUGACUUGGUUUGCUGCUUUACCUUCUUUUCUACUGAAUUUCUGGUCUUUGGCCUCUCGAUGACAAAAAUUCAGUCCGAUGCACUGGCAGUACAUUUAUGCUUGGAUCAUAUGUGUAUAAUAGCUCUAAUGUAUAUUGUGUUUGAAUUUGCAAUUCUAAACGGAUACAAUUUUGUGCCUUUUUGGUUUAGUUUCCUGCAAGUUGGAGUGGUCUUGUGCUGUUUGUGAAGUUGUAGUGCCUUUAAUGCCUCUAAUGUCGAUGCUAUGGAAGAUAACGCCUUUCCGUUGUGAAAUGAGUUUCUUUAAUGUCA